ACGGCAUAGAGAUGAAUGAAGAAGAUAGAAUAAGGCCCGAGCUUCAUCUUAUUACAGGGGGAUGCGGGUACCCAGGCUUUAACCUGGCCAAAAAAUUAGUAGGUCUUGGCCAUAAAGUCAGGUUGUUUGAUGUCAAAGAACCCAUUUGGUCUUUGCCAGAAAAUGUGGAGUUGGUUAAGGGUGACAUCAGAAACCUGACAGAAGUGGAAGCAGCCUUUGAAGAUGUAGACUGUGCUUAUCAUCUGGCCUCAUACGGAAUGUCAGGUAGAGAACAGUUGAACAAGAAGUUAAUUGAAGAAAUCAACAUUUUGGGAACAAAAAAUGUAAUCAAGGCAUGCUGUAAGCGUGGGGUGUCCAGACUGGUGUACACCAGUACCUACAAUGUUGUUUUUGGAGGACAGGUGAUCAUUAACGGAGAUGAAUCUUUACCAUAUCUACCUCUUGAUCAGCAUCCUGACCAUUAUUCCAGAACCAAGGCUUUAGCAGAGAUUGAGGUCAUAAAGGCAAAUGGCAGUUCUAUAAAGGGAAAUGGCACUUUGAGGACAUGCGCAUUGCGUUUGGCGGGAGUGUACGGACCUGGGGAACUGCGCCAUCUUCCCAGAAUUGUGAGUUACCUGGAGAUGGGGAUGUUCAGGUUCACCUAUGGCAAGUCCACUAACCUUGUAGACUUCCUCCAUGUGGACAACUUAGUGCAGGUGCACUUUCUGGCAGCUCAAGCCCUAACUCAGGAGAAGGGAUAUGUGGCAGCUGGACAAGCAUAUUUUAUCUCGGACAACAAACCAGUCAAUAAUUUUGAAUUUUUCCGCCCUCUGGUUGAAGGUUUAGGGUAUGAUUUUCCAUCCAUCAAACUACCUAUGAUAUUGGUCUAUUUUCUAGCCUAUCUAACAGAAUGGUUACAUUUCUUUAUUGGUCACAUUUACAACUUUCAGCCCAUGCUCACCAGAACAGAGGUGUACAAGACAGGGGUGACCCAUUACUUCAGUGUGAAGAAGGCGAAGAGGGACUUGGGUUAUACCCCUGUUCGUCAGAAUGAUAUGGGCGGGAUUGUGGAAUAUUUCCGUAAAACGGGUCAUACGCGUGCAAGGAAAAGGGGGUCUGAUGGCCGACAAAUCCUGAUAAGUCUACUUCUGGCCAUUCUGUGUGCCAUCGCCAUCAUGGCAUUUAUACCUGUGGUUGUUUAGAUUUUCAAAAUGUAUAAGUAUUUUAACUUUUAUGCAAUAUUUAUGCCAGUUCUUACCUGUAAGCGAUUUUUGUUUUCGUCUAUUAUAAGAUGUAGGUAUUUGCAUUUUACCAAUGAUUUAUUUAAACUUGAAACUGAAACCUGUAUCUCCUUGCCACUAAUAUUUUCAAUGGUUAAUACUCCCUGGAGAACCAGAUAUGUUACAGCAGUAGUUGAGUAUAAAUGAACUGCUCUUCCUUGUGUUUUUUGUGUGAUGAACUUUGAUUGAACAUCAAGUGUGGUCCUGACCCACAUCAGUUGUAUAUAAUAUUUAGACAGAGUGUAGUUCAGUGAAACUUGUGAAUAUCAGACCCUCUGUAUACUGGAAUCCUGUCAACACCAGCCGCCUCAAUAUACAGGAAGCUGUCAACUCGGAACACCGGAUGUAUUUAUAAGCCCCUUUUUGUACAAGCAUUGAUAAUCAGAUCUGUGAAAACCGAAACUGCGCUGCAUGUUGUCUUUGCAGAACUUUGUGUGUGUGCACAGUACGUGUCCAGCCGGGUCCCCUUCAGCCAACCAAACCAACACUAAUCCCGCAUGCAAUGACUUAAAGCCCCUUACCCACUGUAGUCUUGUGCUGAUAAGGGUUUGUUUAUGCUGUCUUUUUUAAGUAACAAACAAACAAACCAAUAAAUUGUACUUGUACUUGAAAGCAACUUAAAAAAUACAGCAUGACAUAGCCGCAAUCGCUUCAAAACACAUCACUGAAAGACUAGCAAAGUUGUGCAGGAUCGGGAUGUCACUCGUCGAUAAGGUUUUUUUCGUUAAAUGCAAAAAGUUGAAAUGUUGAUAACUAAGAAAAGUGAAUGAAUGGACUGUCUAUUCAUAUUUGUGGUUGAAAUACCUGCACAUGUUAAAUAAGAUUAUAUUGGCUGUUCAUUGGCUUUCUCAUUUGUUGUAAACACAAUGCAUGUAGGCCUAUACAUGCAACUCCCGAUAAAGUGUUAAGACUGGGUUCUGUAGCGUGAGUUAGGUUGAAGGUUUAAGACAAACAUAGAGUUCUCAGCAGAGCUGUGUUUUAAAAUUGGCAUGUUGACAUUUAAGCUAGGUUUAUGGGAAUGUUGACAUUUAAGCUAGGUUUAUGGCAUGUGAAUGUAAAUGCAAUCUGUUAAUCAGACUGAAAAGCAUUACCCAGGCCUGAGAGGUUUGCAUGCUUUUAUAAAUGAACAGAAGUUUACACUGCACUUUAUCCACCAAAUUUCAAAGCAUGCAAACAUUUAUAUUUAUUAACGAAAAAUGUUUUGUAUAAAUAUGGCUGUUUUCUAAAUACUGCUUCUUCCAUUGGCUGACACGAUUGACAUUGAUAUCAAGUAUGGUACAGACAUUAAGUCAGCAGGUGUUACAUCAUUCAUUAAAUAGGGUAUUGCAUUAGAGUGCAAUGGAUUUGUUUGUUUUUUUCUCUAAGGGAUGUGGGGCACAGAUUGAUAGGCAUGUGUUUAUAAUUUGUUUAUUCAUGCAUGUGUAUUUACCUUGUAUGCUGAAAAUUAACAAUAUGAAGUUUCUUACUGGGUAAGUACAGGGUAGAUUUGUUCAACACUGCUAAUUUUAACCAUGAAAAUUCCAAAGAUUUGUCAUGUGUAAACAAGAUGUAAUAAAAGUGCUGUCCUGAUAUUCGUACAAAAACUGUUGUCAGUUAAAACCUAAAAUCAUUUGUUGAUGUCUGUAUUUAUUUAUUUGUAUUAUUAACUCUGUACUGGGGACUUUUACAAUGAUGACCAAUUUAAUGGACCAAGCUUCCCUGGGGUAUUCCACCACCCUUCACCAGGGACCUGGAAGAUCUCUUGACUAAACUGCAGGCUUUAUUGGAAAAAAGAACAUUUGGCAUUAUUGAAAGGCCUGAUAGUAAGUCAACACAUGAACAGUUUGAGGCACUGAGGACCCUGACCAUUAACUUCAUUCAUUGUUAAGUGCUUUAUGUUUUAACUAAUCAGUUUGUUCUGAGUUUAUUUUUGUCAUACCUCACUUGUUGUAAUAACUGCAGAAAACAGUUACUUUAUUUAAUUUGGUGUGAAUGGUACUUGUAGGUCACUGGUUUUAAGUGGAAUGAGUGUUAAGACAUUGAAAACAUUCAAAAUUAAAGCGGCAGUAAUACAUUUAUUCCCGUCUUUGCCUCCUUUUCUUGCAAAUUUAUGUGCACAUUUUGGCCAUGGCUAUAUGGUGAUUCCCCUGUCUGACCAUCAAGCAGAAUAUAACUGUUUUUGAAGGUCUUCAGGUUUUUCUUGGAUGUAAAAUGUUUUAGUGUCCACUUUGAUAUGAUUGACCACUGGGUGUCUGUUCUUUCAUCUUCUGUGGUAUUCAGGAUUUUACCAUAGUUGUACUAAAACAGAUGCAGUAUCUGAGAACUUUAUAGUGAGACUAUGGUAUCUGUUGUUCUGUGGUAUUCAGGUUUUUACUGUAGUUGUACUAAGACAGAUGCAGUACCUGAGAACUUUAUAUUGAGACUACUGUAUCUGUUGUUCUAUGGUAUUCAAGAUAAGCUUUUUACCAUUGUUGCAAAAUGGAUGCUUCACUUUCUGAAUACUCAGUGUUACGACUGGUGUCAACUUCAUUUCUUUUGUGGUUGUUGUGUUUUAUCUUGUCUCCCAUUAUCACCUACACAUACUGUAAAUCUUCAACCUGUUCAAAAACUAAAGCACUUUUUUCAGUGGAAUUUAUCCAUACAAUUAGUAUGAAAAUGAUGCUAAACAUGAUUUAUUUGUGUUAUGAAAUAUACAAGCUUCAUAAAACUGUGCAAAUUAUUUUCGUACUCUUCACAAUUCUCUCAGGAUGUUUCAAAAUGUAGGUCGCAGAGGUGGUUGAAAAGAUUGAAGUAUUAGGAUACGUAUAUGAAUGAAUGAGUGAAUGAUUAUAGCUAUAUGCCUCUUUGGCAGUGUUAUAGCUAUAUCGUGGCGGGAACGUGUAUGUAUGGUAAAAUAUGUAAACCACUGCAUACUUCCAUGGUAACGUCAUGUUUUAAUAGUUUCAAUCACUUCCUUUGUGCAUAAUUGUGACUUAUUCUCAUGGUAUCAUUUCUUUCUGUUGACCUUUUGACGGUUUCCCGACACAGUUUUGACUACUGUGAUUUGUCUGUUAUGUGUAUAUCGUGGAAAAUUGUGAUAAUGCCAAUGACAAGUUGCCUGAGAAGUACGAAUUAUAUUUUGUGUUGGUGUGUAUCUGACUUCGGCAGUUUGUUUCAAUUAGUAACAACUUUCCUACGUGUAUUAAUGAACAUUUUUUAUUCUCAUGGUAAUGUUGAGAAAUGAUAUGUAUUUACAAGAGUAUUUACUGAUUGGAAUAGCAGAAAUAUGAUUAAAACCAGGAAAUUCAUUUUGUCAUAUAAUAUCAAAUUUUAAUUCUUGAGGUUGAUUUAAAUGAACUUAGAUGUUGCCACAGUGACCAUGGCUGUCUUUAGUGAGACACAUGUGAUGGAAGUUCUCAGUCAGCCCCUCUGACCUGUUUAGAGCUAUUCAGAAACUUGCUGGAUGAUACAUAGGUACAUCUUUGUAUAUAUGCCCGUCAGACACAUGUGAUUGGCCAGUGUGUAAGGCUUUGUAUGUAGACAAUGGUUAUCUCUCUUAGCUUUGAAAGGCUCAAGGCCUUGUAUAUGUAAAUACAUGUACAUGUAACCUCUUAUACAUCCACCUGAAAAUACAAGUGUCACAUGUGGGAUAAUUUUCUACAGGUGACUAUAGAAGUGUGACCCACAUAUAUGUCUUCACAUGGUUUGUGUACUCGGGCUAUAUUUUGAGAAGCUUACAUAUGUACUGUGUCAUCUUGCUCGUGACAAUUUGCAAACUGUUCAGUCUUUUUUGGAUAAGGUGUAAUGUAUAUGUAUUUGUCUGUGGCCAAUGUUGUGCAGUACUUGUGUUUGGGAUCUUUAGGACGCAAACUAAAAUGUCCAAUGUGUUCAAUGUGUACAGUGUGUGAGGUUUUUGUCUGUGACUAGAAUACUGAUUCCCUCUUAUUCGGAGCAUUGUAUUGUUUUUUGGAAGGUGUUUACAGGUUCUUUUGAAGGAUAGGAUGAUAUUUGAUUGCAACAUUGUCGGCACCAAACUUUAUAUUUUUUAAAAAAUGUUUUUUUGUUUGAAUUAUUAUGGCGGUAUUAAUAUGUAAUGUUUAUAUAGGCUUACAAUUGCCUUUGUAUUAAUCACAAUCACACAAACCAUUGGACGUGCUUGUCUGAUGCUCUCAAUAAAAUACACUAAUG